AAUGGAACCUAUAAUUAUUUUAAUUACAAUAUUAUCAAUAACUGCAUCAGCAGAAUAUGUUAGCUAUAAAGAUUAUAAGGUGAUUGAAGUUUUACCUAAAAGUGAGAAAGAUGUAAAAGUGCUAAAUGAUUUAAAAUUUUCCGAUAGUCAGUUUGAUUAUUAUGUAUGGUCUGAAGUAGUUUCUGUAAAUAGAAAGGUAAAAAUAAUGGUUGAGCCGAAGAAGCAAGCAACACUUCAGAAUUAUUUGUCGACAGUUGGACUUGAAGGUGAAAUGAUCAUAGAAGACGUACAGAGUUUGAUUGAUCAACAAAUGCAGAGGCCAGCAAUGUUAAGUAACUCAUCUGAAUAUAAUUGGCAAUAUUAUCAAAGUAUGGAAGAGAUUGCUGAAUGGAUGGAAAAAAUAGCCUCACAAUAUUCAGAUGUUGCUACAAUAGUAACAGCGGGGAGUAGUAAUCAAGGUCAUGUUAUUAAAGGAAUUAAAAUAGAUUUCAAAAAGAAGGAGAAUCCUGUAAUAGGAAUGAUAGAAUCAGGGCUACAUGCCAGAGAAUGGAUCACACCAGCAACUGCUACCUGGAUGAUAAAUGAAUUCUUAACAAGCUCAAAUACAGAAAUACGAAAUCUUGCUGAGAAUGUUGUUUGGCAUAUUUUUCCAGUUUUAAACCCAGAUGGCUAUAAAUAUACGUUCACAGAUGACAGGAUGUGGCGAAAGAAUCGUAAUACCAAAAACCAUGUUAGUUGUAGUCAAUAUAACCUUUCUGAUGAUAUGAGUAAUGGCGUUGAUCUUAACAGAAAUUUUGGUUUUCUGUGGAUGGUAAUUGGAGCAUCUCAAAAUCCAUGCGCGCAAACAUACGCUGGACCUGCAGCAUUUUCUGAGCCGGAAGCUAGAGCAAUCGCUAAUUAUGUAUUGGGAUUACAAAAAGAAGGCAACCUAGUUUAUUACUUGGCACUUCAUUCAUAUUCACAAAUGAUUUUGGUGCCAUAUAGUCAUCUCGGGGGUGAAGACGUCUUACAAUUACCCAAUUAUGGUGAUUUGUAUGAGAUGUCAAUAAGGGGGGCCGCUAAACUUAAAGAACGCCAUAAUACGACGUACACCGUUGGAACAUCUUUAGAUAUUUUGUAUCCAGUUACGGGUUCUGGUUUUGAUUGGGUUAAAGGUGAAGCAAAUGUUCCUAUUGUAUUACUUUACGAACUUCGUGACGUGGGACAAUAUGGUUUCCUUUUACCUGCGCAUGAGAUUAUUCCAAAUAACGAAGAAUUCAUGGACUCACUGGUUGAAAUCGAUAGAGUUGCAAGAACACUUAAUUAUUAUCAAAGCUCCGCAAAUGUGUUUAGUAUAAGUAGUUUAUUGAUAACGUUAACUAUUUUGUCUAUGAUAGUUUAUUAAAUAAUAACAUUGUUGUCUGUUACAAGC